AUGAGAGGCCCUUAUGCUGCAUUGUUGCUUCUACUUGGCCUCCUCCUCCUCCUCCUAUGUACCGCAACUUCAAUUUGUUUCGGUUUGAAUUUCCGUAAUUCAGAAGUCAGAUGCAUAGAGGAAGAAAGACAAGCACUCCUCAAAUUCAAACGAGGCCUUCAAGAUGAUGACGGUCUGCUGUCUUCUUGGGGCAGUCAUGAGGAAGAUUGUUGCAAUUGGAAAGGAAUCAAAUGCAGCAACCGAACUGCUCAUGUUGUCAAGCUUGAUCUUCGGGGAGAUUUAUCCUUUGAUGAAGUACUAUUCCACAAAGGUCUAUAUGGUGAGAUAAACUCUUCAUUACUUGGUUUGCAGCAUUUGACUUACCUCGACUUAAGUGGCAAUGAUUUCAACUUCAUCCUCCCAGAGUUCAUUGGUUCACUCACUAAAUUACAAUAUCUCAAUCUUUCCUACAACUCUUUUUCUGGAACCAUUCCACAGCAGCUUGGAAAUCUCACAAGCUUGACUUCUCUUGAUCUCAGUUGGAACUCUGGGAAGAUUGAGGACCACAAUCUUGACUGGCUCUUUAAUCUCUCCUCUUUAAGGCACUUAGAUAUGAGUUAUGUGAACCUUAGCAAGGUUGUCAAUUGGCCGGAUAAGGUUACCAUGCUCCCUUCUUUAUUAGACUUAAGUCUACAAAGUUGCCAGCUCUCCGUGCCGAUUCCUCCUGUGCUUUUCAAUGCUAAUUCUUCUUCACCACUUUUAUCCCUUGAUCUCUCUGACAAUCAUCUCAACUCCUCCGUAUUCCCAUGGCUAUUCGAAUAUACCAAUAGCCUUGUCUUUCUUAACCUUGGGAUUAACAACCUUGAAGGUUCAAUUCCAAGAGCUUUUGGGAAUAUGGUAGCUCUUGUUCAUCUCGACCUCUCUUUCAACAACCUUGAAGGUUCAAUUCCAAGAGCUUUUGGGAAUAUGGUAGCUCUUGUUCAUCUCGACCUCUGUUACAACAACCUUGAAGGUUCAAUUCCAAGAGCUUUUGGGAAUAUGGUAGCUCUUGUUCAUCUCGACCUCUUUUACAACAACCUUGAAGGUUCAAUUCCAAGAGCUUUUGGGAAUAUGGUAGCUCUUGUUCAUCUCGGCCUCUCUUACAACAACCUUGGAGGGAUGAUGCCACGAACUUUGGAGAAUCUUCACAACUUGCAAGUAUUAGACUUGUCAUCCAAUAAUAUAAGUGGAGAGGUACUUGAUCUUUCAAAUUUCUCUUUCUUGAGAGAGUUGCGUCUAUCCAACAACCGGUUAAAUAGAAGUUUAACCAAAAGUGUGGGAGAACUUUCUAUGCUCCAAGUUCUAGAUGUGUCUUCAAAUUCUUUAGAAGGCGAUGUCACUGAAGCACACUUGUCAAAUCUUUCCAGUUUAAAUCAAUUGGACUUGUCUUUUAAUUCUUUGUCAUUGAAGUUUAGUUCAAAUUGGGUUCCCCCAUUUCAUCUGGAUAUCAUACGAUUGAGUUCUUGCAAAUUGGGGUCAACGUUUCCUCAAUGGCUUCAAACACAAAAGAAUUUUUCAGAGCUUGAAAUGUCAGAUGUAGGAAUUUCAGAUACUAUCCCCAACUGGUUUUGGAACCUUUCUUCCAAUAUAAAUCUCUUAAAUCUGUCCCACAACCAUAUCAAGGGUACCAUACCUCUUCAUUGGUUUUCAUCAAGCUUUUUUGAUUAUCAUAUAACAGAUUUGAGUUAUAACCACUUUAGUGGUCCAUUGCCACAACUUAAUUCUAAUUGGAGCCUGUUAAAUCUCUCCAAUAACAAGUUCCAAGGAUCUAUUACAUCCAUAUGCCAAACAAAUAGAUCCAUGAGUGAUUCUGGUUACUUUGAUCUUUCGAAUAACUUUUUAUCUGGAGAACUCCCUAACUGUUGGAGGGAUAUGCGUCUUUUGAGCAAGUUUAGUUUGGCAAACAAUAAUUUCUUUGGAAGAAUUCCUGAUUCUUUUGGAAGCAUCUGUGAUUCUGUUGGUGGCAGAUCUACGCUGGAAACAUUGGAUUUGCAUAACAACAAUUUUAUUGGAGAAUUGCCGAAGUCAUUGAUAAACUGCUCUUCGUUGGAGCUAUUGGAUCUUGGAGAAAACAGACUCUCCGAAAGGAUUCCAACAUGGAUAGGCACAAGCCUACCACAUUUGAUUAUUCUUCGUUUGGCAUCAAACUUGUUCGUUGGUCACAUACCGUUGCAAUUAUGUCAUCUAACUUCUCUCCAAAUUUUGGACCUCUCUCACAACGAUAUUAGAGGGACUAUACCAAAAUGCCUCAAUAACUUCACUGUCAUGGCUCAAACGCAAAGCUCAAAAGUAAGCAUUUCUCAUGAUUUAAUUAUUUGGAGGGACACCAACGGUAUGUAUAUGUCCACCUACAUGGACAAUUUAAUGGUGGCUUUCAAAGAAAAAUAUCUCGAGUAUAGUAAAACUCUUGGACUAGUAAAACUUAUCGAUCUUUCGAGCAACAAAUUGAAAGGUGAAAUUCCAAAAGAAAUAACAAGUCUCUCGGGAUUAAUUGGGUUAAAUCUAUCUAGAAACUUGUUGACCGGCAUUAUCCCUCAUAAUAUUGGUGACAUGGAGAGAUUGGAGUCUUUGGACUUGUCGAAAAAUCACCUUUCAGGUAUAAUUCCACCAAGCCUUGUUGAUUUGACCUUCCUAAGCGACUUGAUUUUGUCAGACAACAACUUGUCAGGUAGAAUCCCAAAAGGUACCCAACUCCAAAGUUUCAGUGCUUCUGCAUAUAUAGGUAACCAAGAUCUUUGUGGCUUGCCUCUUUUGAAAAGAUGUCCGGGAGACGAAGCAGCUCAAGGUCCUCGAACUAGUAGCAUUGAUGGAGAAGGCAAUAAUCAAGAACAUGCAAACUCUCACGAACAUUUAUGGUUUUAUACUAGCAUUGUACUUGGAUUCAUUGUUGGAUUUUGGGGUAUUUGUGGAUCGUUGCUAUUGAAAAGUUCUUGGAGGCAUGCCUAUUUCCAGUACCUUGAGAGAAUAGGAGAUUGGCUCUAUGUAACAAUAGCUAUUGGCAUGGCCAAAUUACUGAGAAAGUGA